AUGGCCACCACCUCCAUGCAGGGCCUGCCGCCCCGUCACGACGGCUUCCAUCUCGAUCCUCCAUUGUACUAUCCUCCAACCUUGCAGUCGCAAGGUAGCCCUUUCGAGAAAACGAAUCCCAGCUUUCCCUUCUACCAGCCGCCGCCCAAGUCCAAACUCCCACAAACCACCGAGGAAGCGAAGGCGAACUUCUCCCAAACCGCUGAGCGAACCGUUGAACAGCCGCUCGAACAUACGACAGGUCAGGAACAUGCGACAAGUCAGAAGGCAGAGUCGCAUAUAGACAUGAGCGUGGAGUUAUCCGAAAGAAUUCAUGUCGUUGGCUUCACUCAACACGCCAAGCUCAUGAUUCACGCUCUUGCCGCAGUGCCCAAUCUGCCCCCACCAGCCGUACUGGCUCACCACCCUUCUGUCAUGACGCGAUGGGGCGAGGAGGGCAGAAACAUUAGCGUAUUCGAUACCCUCGGUCAGCAUGUUUCUUCCCGCGAUGUUCUUUGUCCCGAGUACAUUGGUUUCCACGGCCGUGGUCGACGCCGCCAUUAUCCUCUCGGAAAUCAGGAAGUGGAUUAUCUUGACAAUAUCAUUGUUGAUACAGCCUCAUGGGCAGUACUUCCUUCGUUGCGUGGUCUGCGCCACCGUAUUGAUCAGCGAACAACAAUCUGCUUGCAGCAUCCAGGUCUUGGGGUUAUGGAAAUCCUGAACGAGAAAGUCUUUGACGACCCAACCCUGAGACCGAACUUCGUGCUUGGACACACCACCCAUAAAGUACUGAACCACUCCAAACGUACGUACUCUUUGAGACAUGCCAUCCCUGGCAAGUUGAUGCUUCACGGCGUCGACAAAAUCAAAGAAUCUAAAUCGGGGAUGUCGGAGCCGUCAUAUCUCGCUAUGCGAUACACGCAGCAUUUCAUCAAUCUAAUGUCGACAACGGACAGUCUUGGUACUGUGGCUCUGCCUUGGGACCUUUUCUUGGCCAACAAACUGCCACUCAUGGUUUUCUCCUCUCUCGCGGAUACGAUCUCCGUCAUUCUGGGAUGCCGUUUCUAUCAGAUCAGGCGGGAUGAGCACGCUAUGUGCUUGUGGGAGAGCCUUCUGGACGAGACAGUCGCUAUCAUCUCGGCGUUUCCAGAGUUCAAGCGCCGACCUGAUCUCUUAGACCAUUUCACAAGAGAAUCAUUCUCGAAGAAACUGUAUCACCAUCUGGGAAAGCAAUCGGACAAUUACAGUCAUUGGAUAACGUGGAUUCGGCAUGGUGUGAUCCCGCCCAUUGAUUUCCUCAACGGCUACUUCAUCAAGAGGGCCAAAGAGCUCGGGGUCGAUCAUAGACAGCACAGCAUGGCCAUGUCCAUGGUCAAGGCGCGGCAGAAGGCGAGGCGGCAAGAGCUGCUGAACGACAUUCCGCUGGGUAUGAGUCCCUACAUGAUGGAUGGGGACAUGAUUGGUGGCGGCCAAGGCGAGGACGACGAGUCGGGCCUGGAUCUAGAAUUAGAGAUUUGA